CGGAAACAUUCGGAAGGUAAAGUUUCUAGAAAUAAAUUGUGUUCUUAGUUUUUACGCUUCUUGAAGUGUAUAAUAUAGUAUCAGCAGCUAAAUAACUAGAUUAGAGUUGGAAGGUUAUAAGAAUGUCCACUCUAUCACUGAAAUCCAGUGACAAAGUACUCCUACUAUGGGGCGGUGAGGUACAACCAGAUCUCAUACAAACUACAGUUGAACAGCUGAAGACAACAGUGAAAGAAGGCAGUGUGCAAGUUGAAAAUAUCCACAGAUUGACCAUGGCCAAUCAUAGUGCAUCAAGCUUUGAUGUGAUUCUGUCUGGGAUCAUACCACCUCCUUCUGUGUUACAUACUAUGGAUAUAUUGGCAGAAAUAGCUCGAUUACUGAAACCCAGUGGGCGACUAAUAAUGGAUGAGGCAAUGGAGGCAAACAGUGCAGAUAAAACAUCUUCAAUUUUAACAAUGUCAGGGUUUAUAGACAUAAGUAAGGAAGAAAAAAGCAACGUUAAGCGGUUCACUGCGGCUAAACCAAGUUAUGAAGUAGGGACCUCCACACAACUUAAGCUAUCAUUUGCAGUUAAACCCAAAACACAGGAUCCAGCUCCAAAAGUUGAUACAAAUGUAGCGAAGGUGUGGUCCCUGUCGGCCAAUGAUAUGUUAGAUGAUGACAUUGAUAUCAUGGACUCAGAUGAGCUGUUAGAUGAAGAUGACCUCAAGAAACCUGACCCAGAGUCACUGAAAGCCCCAGCCUGUGGUCCAAACUCUGCAUCCAAAAAAGCCUGUAAAAAUUGUUCAUGUGGUUUUGCGGAUGAGUUGAAUGGAACGAGUGGCCAGGCAAAGAAGUCAACAGAACAGGCCUCAGCUUGUGGCAGUUGUUACUUGGGAGACGCAUUCAGAUGUUCAAGUUGCCCAUAUUUGGGCAUGCCAGCCUUCAAACCAGGUGAAAAGAUUCAACUCAGCACCAGGCAGCUCAAUGCAGACUCUUGACAAAACAUUACAGUUAUUUAAAUGUUAAUCAAAAUGUAAUAGGAACAGAAAUAGUGGACACAUUCUUGUGGUUUUAAUAUUGGAUAUAAUUGAUGAGUUCAUCUCUGGAA